CUGUAAAAAUGAUUAGCUGGCACCAUUUGAAGUGGGUGAUGAAAUGUGACGGAAGUACGUUUUCAAACAAAUACAUUCUGUCUCUCUCCCUCUCUGUAUCUAUCCCUCACUCUCUGUCAGCAUCUCGUUCUCCUUUCCUUUCCAACCCCCCCCCCUUCUCUGUGUCUAUUUCCUGUGUGAAUAACAUGAAGCUGCCACCUUUGUCUUUUCUCCCUUCUGACACAUGACUCUACAUCCAUCUGGUCCUCACGUUUUGCACGUUCAUGUCGAAGGAAAUACAUUUCUUGGUCUACUAACUGCCGUAUAUCCGACUGAGUCUUCCUUGGACGCAAUUUCUGCAGUGGGGAGAGACUGAGUUGGAGAACGCGAGAUGCCAGUACCGCCGCCACCUCCUCCUCCUGCCCCUCCUCCCACAUUUGCUCUUGCCAACACAGAGAAGCCCGCUCUAAAUCGAAACGAACAGCAGGGAAGAAGUGCCUUGUUGUCCGACAUAAGUAAAGGCGCCAGAUUAAAGAAAACGGUCACCAAUGACCGAAGUGGACCAUUACUAGUGGAACCCAAAGGAGGAGGUAGAGGAGGAGCUGGAGGAGGAGGAGGGGGCGGAGGAGGUAGAGGAGGAGGUGGUGGAGGAGGGAGUGUUGGAGGGGGUGCAGGUUUGGGAGGCCUGUUUGCAGGAGGGAUGCCGAAACUGCGGUCUGCGACGAACAGAGACGCCACUGACUCACCAGGACCCAGCAGAGGACCCGUGCUCCCACCGACAGGCAGAUUCAACAGCCCUAGCGCCCCAAGUGGGGGCAUCCGUAGCCCCAGCUGCCCACCUAAAUUCACAGGAGCCCCUCCGGGCAAUCCUCCUGACCACCCCAAGGCACGGCGGAGUGUAUCAUCCAGACUGGACAACUCUGGAUGUUCACCUCCCGCCUUACCCAACACACCGCGGCCAAACCAGGCCUUCCAGUCUCGCGGGGGGCCACCACCGCUCCCCGGAGGAGGAAGACCCAGCCCCUCUUCUGCACCCCCACCACCAAGCCUACCGGGAAGAUCUGGACCUCCGCCUCCCGUCCCUGGAGGCCCUGUGUCGGGCUCCCGACCGAGUUUCUCUGCUCCCCCUCCUCCACCGUCCAACAGUAGCCGGACUCCGCUGCCACCAAAUCCAGGAGGAAAAAAGCAGUGCCACAGAAAGGUGGCUAAAAAUGGUCAAUAA